CGGAACCUUGGAACCUGAACAGAAACAGGGAGGUAGAACUACCUAUUACUUACGCAUCUGCGCAUGUGCUUAUGAAUAUUCGGCCACGAGACAUUAGUAUCGAGGCCCUGAUCUCUUGUUUGUUUUUUCUCUCAUUGUUUUUAUUUUACCUUACUUCGGGUUUGGUUUCUCGUCGCUCGCUACCGCCAAUCCGUAUCGAUUUCCGCAGAUGGAUGAAGCUAUCUCCAUGGCUAAUUCUGCCCCGGCCUCUCAAUCGAUCGUAGUGGAUAAUGUCCUUCUAUUUCCGCGUGACGUGUCCCUCGCUCUGACAAACGAAAAUCUAGUUGUCAACGACAAGGCCCAGGGGAAGCAUCAGCGACGGAAGUUAUGCGGUCUCCCUUUUGGUCACGCUCCUCCGGGAUUCGUGAUCCCUCUUUACCAAGUGCUUUGGGUAGAAAUCACUCCUAGUGGACUCCUUGUCAUCGACUACGCCAAUUACGUCUCUAAGAAACACAUCCGCGCCGAAAAAUUAUCCUACCCUCUCGGCCGGUUUGAUCAAGAUGUACUGGACGCGUGGGUUAACCUCGUCCUGAAGAGAGCGUACGGGACGGCUCAGCGCAAGAGGCGUGCGAAGGUCUUGGUUAAUCCGCAUGCGGGUCCCGGCGGCGCCGACAAGAUUUGGGAACACGAAGUGAAACCUCUAUUCGAGGGGGCGCGUAUGUCGCUGGACGUGGUACGAACCAAGUUUUCCGGCGAAGCCGUUGGGAUAUGCGAGAACCUCGACAUCGACGCGUACGAUAUCGUAGUCCCUUGCUCGGGCGACGGGCUACCGUACGAAUGCAUCAACGGCCUGGGGAAACGGCCGGACGCGCGCAAGGCCCUACGCCAGGUUGCCGUGGCGCACAUACCGUGCGGGAGCGGAAACGCGAUGAGCUGCAAUCUCAACGGCACGCAUAGGCCAAGCUAUGCGGCGCUAGCAAUUAUCAAGGGCGUUACGACACCGAUGGACCUGAUGAGCGUCACACAGGGAAGCACGCGGACGCUCAGUUUUCUCAGCCAGUCGGUAGGCAUCAUAGCGGAGUGUGACUUGGGGACGGAAAAUUUGCGCUGGCUUGGCGCUGCACGAUUCAAUGUUGGAUUAAUGCAGAGAAUUUUCAGCAAGAAAGUGUACCCGUGCAACAUCUCGAUGAAAGUAGAGAUACCGGAGAAGGCUGAUAUCAAGGCACAUUACAAGCGCGAACAGACAGAGGGUGACCAUACUACGCGAAGAGAAGGGAGCGCGUCGAGGGAAGCAUCCUCGGCGGACGAAUCUACCUCGAGCGAUCCGGAUAUCGGAGAGGGCUUGCCGCCGUUGAGGUUUGGAACCGUCAACGACAAGCUUCCCGAGGAUUGGGAGACGGCCUCAUACGAUAAACUAGGAAAUUUCUAUUGUGGAAAUAUGGCCUGGAUGGCACCUGAUGCGAACUUCUUUACGGCGGCAUGCCCUAACGACGGGUUGAUGGAUGUUGUUUUCAAUGACGGUGAUAUUUCCGCGGCUAAGUACUUAGAACUAUUGACAUCGGUUGAAACCGGCCGCUUAUUCGACAACCCUCACGUCUCAUAUCGGAAGAUAGCUGCCUACCGCUUUACUCCUCGUGAUCAGAAGGAUGGCUACAUCAGCAUCGACGGAGAGCACGUCCCUUUCGAACCCUUCCAAGUUGAGAUUCAUCAGGGACUAGGCACCGUAAUUUCGAGAAGGGGAAAAUAUGAAGCGGCCGGACCAUCAGAUUGGGAGAAAGCCAGCGUAUGAGACUGAUUUGAGGGGAGGCAGUUGGUAAUGAUACCCCGAGAUGACAGUAGACGUGCGAAUUCGUCUUGUAAGAAUAUGUAUAGCGUGUACUGUACCUAGUAGGUAGUAUACCUAAUGGUAUAUCGGCCUUCG